AUGAAUACCACUACUUCAUCGUGGGUAACGGGUGACACUUUGGCGUCUACGCUAACUGGAGAUACCACUACCAAUACCGUAGAGGAGGUCUCCGCUACCGUCUACAAUGCUACCGCGGUCUACCUGGGACUCCUCACUUUCUUCGGCAUUUUCAACAAUGGCCUCGUCCUGUUUCUCUACGCCCGCUACAGGAAUCUACGCAACCCGAUCAACAUGUUUCUGGUGAACAUAAGCGUUGGAGACUUGAGCGUGUCAAUUUUCGGAAGCCCGUUUACGUUUGCGUCAAAUGUUGCUAGGAGAUGGCUAUUCGGACCGGGUGGAUGCACUUGGUAUGCCUUUAUCGUUACGGUUUGCGGUACGGAACAGAUCGUAGCGUUAGCAGCGGUUUCCAUCCAUCGAUGCUGUCUGGUUGUUCGUCCCUUCACUGCACAGAAGAUGAACACACGAUGGGGACUACUUUUCAUCUCUAUGACGUGGCUGUACUCCUUAAUAGUGUCAUUACCGCCCGCCUUCGGAUGGAGCGAAUACGUGCUUGAAGGCACAGGAACAGCUUGUUCGGUGAACUGGUAUUCUAAUGCUCCUGGCACCUCGUCGUACAUCAUAUUUAUUUUCGUCAUGGUGCUUGCUAUUCCGCUGUCUCUGAUUAUUGGCUCGUAUUCACUUCUCAUCUAUGCUGUCAAAAAGAUCGGGUCAAGCGAAGCUGCCCAGUCAUCUCAACACAAGGCUGACAAGAAAGUCACCAUCUUAGUGGUUGUCAUGAUCACUUGUUUCCUAGUAGCUUGGUCUCCGUACUCAAUCUUCGCUCUGUACGUGGCGGCUAGUAAAGACAACAAGGUGUCUGUUGUCGGUGCUACUCUACCGGCCAUGUUUGCCAAGGCUUGUACCGUGUACAACCCUAUCAUUUAUUUUCUGAUUAACAAACAGUUUAAAGAGGCUUUUAUUGACCUGAUGUGCUGCGGACGUAACCCAUUCUCAAGAGACGACGAGCCUGCGGGGAACACCGGGUCGGGCGGUGGUAGAACCGGCACUGCAAUUAGGGCAGCGACCUCCAGGCGAGGCCAGCAAGAGCCGACCGGGGCACGCAGUCAACUCGAUAACCCCAACGACAUUUCCGUCAACAUGGAGACCCAAAUGUCCGAGAUUGGUGUGACGCCGGCCACGACGAGACGCCACAUCAAGACGGCCGACUGGGGAUCGAAACCAUCGUGCUCUCAGCAGCAACAGGUCACUUCUCUGGACCGGGAGUCUGUCACCAAAACGCAAGUGGAGGUCCUCCGAGUCGAAGAAGCUGACAAGUCGGAGGAACCGACGGUGGUAGAGAAGAAAGCUUUGAAGAGGCAAAGUAAAAGCUCAAGGAGCAGCAAGGUGUGUCCUGUGGAAGAGCCAGACAAUGAAGCAGCACCGGUAGAAAAUGCAUGAAUGAAUGAAAACCCAGUUAGUUUCUUCAGCAUGCAAGCAUGCAAGAAAAUGCACAACACAAUUUAAAGUCAUACAAAACAGUUUAUGAAAACGAAAUCCUAGCAUAACCAUAAUAGUAGGACAAAUUGUAUUUCUACGGAGCUCUUGAAGUGCCAUUCGGCCGGUUGAGAUCUUUGAUUUGAUUAUCUCAAGAUGACGAGACGUAGGAUGCGAUGAUGAGUUAGUCGUCAGAGGUUAUUUCUGGCCGCGACGUCUUCAAAGUAGGAUGACGACUUCCCGGGAUAGUUAUUUGCACGAUGACGUCAUCUUGGUAUUAUGGCACGAUGACGUCAUCUGGGUAUUAUGAUGUCGACUUAGCGAGAUGAUUUAUCGCACGAUGGCGUCAUCUUGGUAUUAUGAUGUCGACUUCUCGAGACGAGUUAUCGCACUAUGACGUCAUCAUGGUGUUUGUCGACUUCUAGAUGAGUUAUCGUACUAUGACGUCAUCAUGGUGUUGUGAUGUCGACUUCUAGAUGAGUUAUCGCACGAUGACGUCAUCAUGGUGUUAUGAUGUCGACUUCUCAAGAUCCUGUAUUGAACGAUAAUGACAUAUUGAUACCCGAAUGUCGACUUUCCGAAAUGAUUUAUCACACGAUGACGGCAUCUUGAUAUCUGGAUGUUGACUUAUCGAGAUGAUUCACGCACGAUGGCGAUAUCUUCAUUAGGAUAUAGAUGUCUCGAGAUGAUUUAUUUUUUGACGAUAUCUAGAAAUGAUGUCAAUUUUCCGAAAAGUUUUAUUGUACAAUGACGACAUCCGUAGAGAUAAAUGUUAAGUUGAUUAUGGACCCUGUUCACAUUUCAAGGAAGGAGUGUACAGUCUGCACAUUAUACACUACGUUUUAUGCAAUUGGAGAAAUUGUGAGCUGAUGAUUGAUCCUUGUGGAACCCAAGACAGAAGUGGGGUAGUAGCCUUUGAUAUUAUUCCGCUUAUAUUGACAUACUGUGUUCUGCUCUGUAAAAGUGAAAUCCGUGCUAUUGCAUUACCAUUGAUUCCCAGGGAACGGACGAAAUAAAAGCAAGGGACUUUUGCAUUUAACGCUUUUGCAAAUGUUCUUUAAAGGUUUUUUUUUUUUUCAAGGAUGUCGUCAUCAUGGGAUCAUCAAGAGGAUCCCAUGCAAGCGGAAUGGCGCUUCCAGAGCUCCGUACAAAUCAACAACAUACACCUCAAUUCUAACGAUCGAUUAAUAACUGUCAGCAACAUUUUUAGUUGAUUUUUUUAAGGGUAAUAAACACCUUUAACAUUUUCUGAAAUGGAUUUUCCGCGGUCAAUGCGAUCGGCACCAAACCAAUUUCGAGACGAGUCUUGUUAUAGAAUCAUAGUUUACGUUCCAUUACUUCUGCUGGUCAACAACAAGACUGAUUAUAUAUGCAUUAGUGUGGCACCACGGGCGACACGAGAAGUGCAAAAUUCCUUAGGGUUAUGUUGAAUAAUUUGUGUCAGUAUUCAGCAACCAGAAGCUUUAAAUCUCCGACUAUCGCUGAGUGGCUCUCAGACAACAGCUUCUUUUUUUUCCUUUACGUUUUACCCUGGCAACCUAAAUCCAUCUUCUUAUUUUGAAAGGCCUGUUAGGCGAUGUUUUAUUUAAAGGUGCUUGUUUUUAGUGGUAUCUCGGUAAACGGUACAAAAUCUAAUGCACAUUUGUACGCACGCCGCUUUGCGUCGCGAAUCAAAUGUCGCGCCGAUUGUCUUAGUUAAACUGUACACGUUUGAUAAUUGUCGAUUGGGCUCAAUCGGUCAUCGAAGUUGCGAGAAAAUGAUGACAGAAA